UCAGUCCCGUCCGGCGGGUGCUGCUGGCUCCAGUCCCUGCUUUCGUGCCGCCGGGCGCGGAGGCGCUCGCAGGGCUGCGCUUGACUCACCCCGGGCGCAGCACCCAGCCGGGCCGGGCCGGGGGCGCCGCGCACCCAUCGGGUCCCCGAGGGCUGCUGGGGGGCGCCGAGCCGCGGAGACCCCCCCAGCUGGGCAGGUGGUGGCUCUGUUCCGGGGCGGGGGGACCCCCCCGUGUGCCGGCAGUAAACAGGAUACGAGCGGCUGCGGCGGGGAGACAGCGGCAGCAUCACCCAGCCCCGGGGAGAGCCGGUCCGUGCCCCCCAGACCCCUCCCGGCCCCGGGGAGAGCCGGUCCGUGCCCCCCAGACCCCUCCCGGCCCCGGGGAGAGCCGGUCCGUGCCCCCCAGACCCUCCCAGGGCGAUGCCGGGCACGGGGGGUUGGUGGGUGUCCCAGGUUGUCCCGAGGGGGGCAGGGGGUGUUGGGGUGCCCUGCGUCUCCUGGGGGGGUCCCUGGUUUGCUGCGGGGUUGGCACCCACUGUGCUCAGGUCCUGGGCUGGGGUCCCCAACCCUGGGGAGUGUCUGACACCCCCGGGGCUGGGACAGGGGCACUUGUGGGGCAGGGAAAGGACCCUCGGAGGGGCUGGGGACAGGCUGGGACAGGGCCACCUGUGGGGCGGGGUCAGAGUCACCUUUGGGGCUGGGGACGGGGCCUCUGGUGGAGGUGGGACGCCCCAGGGCUUGGCUCUGUGGGUGCCCAGGAACCUGGGGGUGCCCGGGGGGUGCCGGGGGGUUCAGGCUGGUCCUGCCCCACGGCUGCUGCAAUUUCCUGCCCUCGGUGACAGCCGGCAGCGCUUUCCCAACACCGGGGACAGGAAGGGCCGCGGUGAGGCAGCGCCGGGCAUGGGGCAAGACCCCUCUGGGAGCUGUGAUGAGCGGAGCACGGGCUCAGCCCGGUUCGGGCUCAGCCCAUCGUGGGGGCGGCCAAGCCCCUUCUACCAUCUGUCCGUGUGCCCUGGCAGCCGGUGAAUCCCUGGGAAAGCGGGCAGGGGCAGAGCCAGCCCUGAGCAAACACGCUGGGCAAACAGCGGCCGCGGGCAGGGCUGGCCUGGCACGGAGCCGGCAGCGGGAGGAGCGGCCGGUGUCCCCGAGCCCUGCCCCGGGCUGGCUCUGCCCUCUCCGGGCACCCUGGGCACCCCGAGCCCUGCCCCGGGCUGGCUCUGCCCCCUCCGGGCACCCUGGGCACCGGCCCGCUCCUCGUCUGUCGCGCCGGGGGUGGCGGGGGCGCGCAGGGGGCGCGGGCUGAGCUCCCCCCGCCGGUCCUUGCAGCGGGAUGAGCGGGGGGGAUCCCCCCCGGCGGCCCCCAGGUGCCUCUGCAGAUGCUGGCCUCGCUGGUGCACGCCCGGCGCGCUGAGCAGCCCGUGUCCCCGGCCCCGCGGGCUGUCCCCGCGCUGUCCCCGGCCCCGCGGGCUGUCCCCGCGCUGUCCCCGCCGCUGCCCAUGGCGCUGCAGCCCGAGGCGCUGCUGGACCUGAGCUUCCUGACGGAGCAGGAGCGGAGCUGCAUCGCCCGGGUGCUGCAGCGGGACUGGCAGCUCCGCCGGCGGGAGGAGGGCCGCAUCAGCGAACUCCGCAAGUCGGUGUCGGACCCGGCGCGGCUGCGGAGCCUCACCGGGGACUGGUUCUGCGACGCCCGGGCCCAGCGGCACCAGCUCCAGCUGGGCUCCGACCUGGUCCGAGCCUCCAUCCGCCGCAGGAGGCGGCCCCGGGGAACGGCAGAGCUGGAGCACAGCCCCAGCCUGGAGACCAUUGAUGAGCCGCUGGCAGAGAAGGAGGAUGAGGAUGGUGCCUUGGAGACGGACGAGAGCUCCCCCCCCGAGGAGGUGCAGGAGGCCGCUGAGCCCCAGCCCAGCCCCCCCGGCCCGGCUGUAGAGGGGCCCCCGAGGUCACAGACCGUGCUGCAGGGUGACAUCCCAGCGAGGGAGCGGGACAGUCCAGCACAGCCAGGUGACACGGGAGGUCCCUCCCUCGGCUCCUGCAGCAGGGAGGAGGAUGAGGAGGAUGAGGAGGAGGAUGAGGAGGAGGAGCAGGACUCGGCGCUCAGCAGCCACAGCGCUGGGCAGAGACCAGAAACCCCCCAGACGGAUCAGAGCCCCCCAGACCCACUGUCCCCACGGAACGGCCACACGCCCCCGAGCCUGCUGAGCACCAGCUCCUCCGUGUCCAGCCUCAGCUCCUCCACGCUGAGCGGGAGCCUGAUGAGCCUGUACAGCGAGGGGGAGCUGGGCAGGGUGCCCGUGCGGGGCUGCGUGCAGUUCUCCCUGCGCUACCAGGCGGCCGAGAAGGAGCUGCAGGUGCACGUCCUGCGCUGCCGGCAGCUGGCCGAGGCCAAGAAGCAGCGCUCGGACCCGUACAUCAAGACCUACCUGCUGCCCGACAAGUCCAACCGCAGCAAGCGCAAGACGGCGGUGAGGAAGAGGAGCUUGGAUCCCGUCUUCAACGAGACCCUCAAGUACAAGCUGGAGAAGAGGGACCUGCAGGGCCGGACCCUGAACCUCUCCGUGUGGCACCACGACAGCCUGGGCAGGAACCUCUUCCUGGGGGAGGUGGAGGUGGCGCUGGGCACCUGGGACUGGGCCAACACACGGCCCGAGUGGUUCAGCCUGCAGCCACGGAUGCCCAUCCCCUGGGACGGCCUGGCCAGCCGCGGCAGCCUCAACCUGGCGCUGAAGUUCAUCCCCGCGGGCUCGGAAGGAGCGGGGAUGCCGCCCACGGGCGAGCUGCACAUCUGGGUGAAGGAUGCUCAGAGCCUCGUCCCGCUGCAGAGCGGCACCGUGGACGCCUUCGUGCAGUGCAAGGCCAGCCGGCAGAAGACGCGGGUGGUGAAGCGGAGCCUGAACCCCCUCUUCAACCACACCAUGGUGUACGACGGCUUCCAGGCCAAGGACCUGGCCGAGGCCUGCGCCGAGUUCACCCUCUGGCACCACGAAGCCUUCUCCAAGCGCCAGCUGGGCGGCAUCCGGCUCAGCCUGGGCACGGGGAGCAGCUACGGGCUGCCCGUGGGCUGGAUGGACUCCACGGCCGAGGAGCAGGGCGUGUGGAAGCAGCUGCUGCAGCAGCCCGGGCGCUGGGUGGAGGCUCUGCUGCCCCUGCGGACCAACCUGGUGCCCCGGGGGUAGCCCCGAGCCCCCGGGAGAGCUGGUGCCAGCGGGACCGUGGGGCCUGGGGCGUCACCGCGCGGGCUGGGGUCUGUGCCCUCCCCUUCCAGCAGCAAUGAAGUGGCACCAGAGGGCACAUCUGGCAGCUUUUUGUUCUCGUGGGCACAUCUGGUGGCUGUUUAUUGCACCGGCCACCAUACCCUG